CCCAGGAGGCUCCAAGCAUCUGCUGACAGGGAACGGAUAUGGCGGCCACUCUGGGCAGCGGGGAGCGCUGGACCGAAGCUUAUAUUGAUGCAGUUAGAAGAAACAAAUACCCAGAAGACAAACCUCCUGAGAGUCAUGACCCCUGUGGUUGUUGUAACUGCAUGAAGGCACAGAAGGAAAAGAAGUGCGAGAAUGAGUGGAAUCAGAAUCGACAGGGUGAAGGGAGCUCCACUUAUACUGAGGAACAACUGCUUGGGGUACAAAGAAUCAAGAAAUGCAGAAAUUAUUAUGAAAUUCUGGGAGUUUCUCGAAAUGCCAGUGACGAAGAGCUUAAGAAAGCUUAUAGAAAACUUGCUCUGAAAUUUCACCCUGACAAGAACUGUGCUCCAGGAGCAACAGAUGCUUUCAAAGCAAUAGGAAAUGCCUUUGCAGUUCUGAGCAAUCCUGAUAAGAGACUCCGCUAUGAUGAAUAUGGAGAUGAACAGGUGACUUUCACUGCACCUCAAGCCAGACCUUAUAAUUAUUACAGGGACUUUGAAGCCGACAUCACUCCAGAAGAGCUAUUCAAUGUCUUCUUUGGAGGCCAUUUUCCUACAGGAAAUAUUCAUAUGUUUUCAAAUGUGACAGAUGACACUCACUAUUAUCGACGGCGGCAUCGACAUGAGAAAACACAGACACGGAAAGAAGAGGAAGACGAUAAACCUCAGACCACGUAUUCUGCAUUUAUUCAGUUACUUCCAGUUCUUGUGAUUGUGAUUGUAUCUGUCAUUACUCAGCUGCUGGCUGCUAAUCCUCCAUAUAGUCUAUUCUAUAAAUCGACCUUGGGCUACACCAUUUCCAGAGAAACUCAGAACCUGCAGGUGCCUUACUUCGUGGAUAAAAACUUUGACAAGGCCUAUAGAGGGGCUUCUUUGCAUGACCUGGAGAAGACGAUAGAGAAGGAUUACAUUGAUUACAUCCAGACAAGUUGUUGGAAGGAGAAACAGCAAAAAUCGGAGUUGACAAAUUUAGCAGGAUUAUACAGAGAUGAACGAUUGAAACAGAAAGCAGAGUCACUCAAACUUGAAAACUGUGAAAAACUUUCCAAACUUAUUGGCCUCCGCAGAGGUGGUUGAGAGAAUGAUGGUCCAGGGCAGGGUUGGGGUUUUGUUACUUGUUACUAUUUAUGUUCCUAAUUCCAUUUUAUAAUACAAAAUUAGGAAAUCACAAACAUUUUACAAAUUACUAACUUUGUUUACUGAGCAGAAUUAAGAGCUUGAGCAUGGAGCCAGACUUGUCAUCACAGAUUCCUUCCCAGGGAGUGGCUCCCAGGACAGGAACAUUCCUAAGUGACAUGAAUGGCAAAGCGUUUCACUGAGCCCCCUUGCGCYAGGCCUACCCUGCCUCUGUGAAUGUAGUUAAGGGCAUCCCAGAGAAGAUCUACAUUUUUUCCCUUCCCUUCUUCAGUGAAUUUUCAUUACCUAGGUACCCCUGGACUUAUCCAAAGCAGCUUUAUAUUACUUACAAUGUCUGAAAAAUUAUACCUCUCCUUGCAUUAGAGACAUCAUCUCCCCUAAGAUUCAGCCUUCSGAACUUGUUACUGUUCAACUUUCUAUUUUCUAAAGGGAUUAUGGAGACAUUUAAACUAUUUAACCAAUAGUUGUUUGUUAUCCUAGUCUCUGUUCAGUCAGGGGCAAUAGCAAACUGAAUGAUUUGAGGUUCUUUUAUUUUCCUUACUCCUCCCUCCCAUAGAGGGGCCAGAAAUUAGAAACUGUUGAGCUGUGAUACAGUUCCACUGACAACUCAGCAGCAGGAAGCAAGGACUGAGGGAGAAGAUAAAAUGCAAGACAAAGUUUCAGCUCCUCAGCGCACAUUCUCAAGUAUUUAUCACACAACUAGAGAAUGUUCUUUUUGUCAUUUCCCCUUGGUAUCAUCAUUUGGUAUCAUCGUUUUUGAGCCAAGUCCCUACACCCCACAGAGGAACAGUGAUCAGACCUAAGAGGAGGCAUUCCAGCCAGGCUAUGGCUCAUGCCUAGAGACGGAAGGGGAAGAUUGCCUCUGUGUCCAUCAGGGGCUAGCAUUGGCCCCAGCAGUCAUUUUGUUUUACCCUCAAGUUUGUGGUAUAAAAUGGUUUUCAUUCAUUCAACAUUUAUUGAGUGCCUGCUAUAAAACACAGGCUCUCACAUAUAUUUUUUUAGUGAAGYUUCCUCACAACUCUGUGAAGUAGGUGUAUUAUCUUUGCUUUUAUGAAUGAGAACCUUGACCAGAGAGGUUGGUUGACCUUGGUUAUACAACUGGCAGUGGCAGAGCUGGUUGGUAGGUGGAUUAUCAGUGGAAAAUGUGAGAGCUCAUCCUCAUUUCUCAGGUGAUUCAAGCCAGACUGGCAAAGCAGCAUCUUUCCCAAGGAUGCCUCUGUUGCCCACAACUCACUCCUCUGUUCUUUUUAUGGCAGUCCUGCAUUYCUGUUGUUCAUUGGAAGCAGGACCACAUGAAUAAAUUCUGUAUACAAAGUAAGAGUUUCCUUAAAGGCAGGCAGCCCUUCCCACUGGUGACAAGGAAGAAAUAAGUUGCUGCCUAGACUAUGUGGUUCUACGCUUUUCCUAUGGAAGGGAGCGACUUGGAAUGUGCUGCCCAGAUUAUUAUGAGCCUUUGAAAUUGAAAGGACCAGGAAGAUGACCAUAGUCUACAUUCUUCUCUGGGUUUGGAAGAAGAGUUCCUAUUGAAAGGAGGGUCUACAUUAAGUCUGAGUUCCAAAGUAAAGUUUCUCCAUUCCGAUGUCUAGCACUGUUCAUAUGUGCACAUUCCAUAGGGACAGGAGAUGAGUUCUUAGGUAAAGAAUGGGGGCUUUGGGCCUGGUAUGGUAGCAUACAUCUGUAAUCCCAGAGUCUUAGGAGGCUGAGACAGGAGGAUUGCAAGUUCAAAGCUAGMCUCAGUAAUU